AUCCCAUUUUCCAGAUGAGGAAACUGAAGCUCAGAACAGUCAGCUGAUGCACCCACGGCCACGUUUUUAGAGUGGGAAGGUGGCUUUGCCAUCUGCUGUCCCGCGGAGGGAGGACCACAGAGAGGCUGCAGGCAGGAGGUGGCCUAUAGGAAGGGACUAAUGAGUGGGCUUGAUUUCUGGGUUAAGACAGACCAUGUCUCUAGCGCUCCUGUCACUGGAAGACCUGGCCCCUCGUGUAGCUAGCCCCUGGUGUACCCAUUCUGCCCAGGAAGGAGGGGUCAUAUGAACAGGAGCCUGGUCGUUAUUUGCUGGAAUAAUAUUGGACCUACUUGGAUUGUAGCUUGCAGGUGGGGGUGUAAGCCUUCAAAAACUGACAGCUGACAUCCCAGAGUUGGCCCUGCCUCAAGGUGGUGGUUCCAUCCUGGGAUGGUCAUCAGGUCACAGGGAAGCCUUAGAGGCUCUCCCGGAAAGGGAGGGUAAGGAGAGGGAGGGUGGAGCGAGAUGGAGUGACACAAACAGGCUCGCCAUCCCAGUUAAAUUGGCAGCAGAAAGCAAGAGAUGCCCUGAGAGCCCAGCACCUGCUCCAGCCUCCAGGGCCACCUGACUAGUGCUGGAGACGAGAUUCUACUCAGACCCACCCCUGUAUGGAGUGAUCUGGACACCUCUGGGGAAGAGGAGGAUUGAAAGGCUUUCCGGGCUCUCCCGCUUCUAAAGGUGGCCAGUGCUUGCUUUCCACAGGUGUCCCCAUCCCUGAACACCUGUCGGUAGGUGUUCCUUGGAAGGUCUUUCCCGGAGGCUUGGGCUGAAGGUAGGCUUCCUGCACCCUGAGAUCUUGUUGGGACCAGAUUUCCCCAUAGAUAUUUUCUCAUCACCCCAGCUCUCCUGCGCUGUACUUGAGGAAGCAGGUCGUAAUGUCCACAAGGAUGUCAGAACUGUGCCCAGAGAACACCUCAGCUGGAGUCUCAGGGAUGAGCACCCACCCUGGAGACCCGAGGGAGCAGCUAGGAGUCUCAGGAAGCCUGUGGCCAUCAGAGCCCAUCAUCCUGGGGCCAGGGGGAUCUGCCCGGCAGUUGGUCCUGAGGAAGAUCCAGGAGCUCUCCAUCGAGGGCCGCCAGGACCCCUUCAUGGUGGCUGACUUGGAUGUGCUGGCCAGCCGCCAUCAGACCUUCCUCCAGGCCCUGCCCCAAGUCCAGCCCUUCUAUGCAGUGAAGUGUAAUAACAGGCCCAGGGUGCUGCUUGUCUUGGCUGCCCUGGGCACUGGCUUUGACUGUGCCAGUCAGGGGGAGCUGGAGCAGGUGCUGGGCUUGGGCGUGGCCCCCUCACGAAUCAUCUUCGCCAACCCCUGCAAAGCCGUCUCCCACAUCCAGUAUGCAGCCCGCUGUGGGGUGCAGCUUCUGACCUUCGACAGUGAGGAGGAACUAACUAAGGUGGCCCAGCACCACCCCGGAGCUAGGUUGGUCCUUCGAAUCCAGACCCAGGACAGUGGAAGCACUUUCCCGCUGAAUGCCAAGUUCGGCGCUCAGUUGGAGGCAUGCGGACGCUUGCUCCAGGCUGCCAGAGAGCUGAGGCUGGCCGUGGUGGGGGCCUCCUUCCACGUGGGUUCUGACUGCCAGACACCCCAGAGCUACAGGCAGGCCAUCGCGGACUGCCAUCGUGUGUUUGAGAUGGGCCGCCGGGCUGGCCACCACAUGAGUCUGCUGGAUCUUGGUGGGGGCUUCCCUGGAAUUGAGGGCUCUGAAGCUAAAUUUGAGGAGAUGGCUAGAGUGAUCAAUGCUGCCCGGGCCGAGUACUUCCCGGAGGGCACUGGUGUCCAGGUCAUCGCGGAGCCUGGCCGAUUCUAUGCAGAGUCUGUAUGCACAGCUGUUGUGAACAUCAUAGCCAAGAAGGCCUCGCUGGAGCCAGGAGGCCAAAGGAAGCUGGCAUACUAUCUCAAUGAGGGCUAUUAUGGUGCCUUCCGAAUCUUCCACAGGGAGCCUGUCCCCAGGACACCCAUUGUGGUGAAGGAGUUCCCCUCGGAGCCCUGCCUCUUCCCCUGCACCCUCUAUGGCCCCACAUGUGACGCCUUUGACAGGCUCUUCCAGAAGGAGAUGCAGCUGCCAGAGCUGGAUGUGGGUGACUGGCUGAUUUUCCCUGACAUGGGUGCCUACAAGAGCUCCAUGAGUUCCACCUUCAAUGGCUUCCCAAUCAUAACGGUCUACGAUGCCAUGGGCCCCCAGAUCAGGAGCCUACUGGAGUCAGCACCUUAGGCCAGGACAUGGCCAGAAUGGAGAGGCACCUGUCUCUGCUAAGGCUUUCCUGACCGGCCAGGGUUGUGUCACAGCCUAGCUCCACCGUCUGAAUGAAUCUUCCAGCAUCUUUGAACUGAAGAGAAUUCUCCCCGAGACAACCCGUGGAAGAUGUGGGCUGCAGACACCUCUCACAGACGUUGGAAAGGCUCAGCCUUCAGGACGCUGUGCCUUUCCAGAGCUUACAAAUUGGGAGUGGAAACAUUAUCUAUCUAUCAAAGGAGUUUCCAAAGUACUGAUAUGGCUUGGCUUUGGUGAAAAUACAAAACUAU